AUGGAGGUUGAAGGGGACGAGCAGGAAACUGGUGACAAGGCCAGCCGGACCUCUGCCUUGCUCCGGUGGGCGCCCCCAGGGCCAGCUGGCGGGCGAGCGGCUAGAAGCAGGACCGAGGGGCUCGCUGCCUGGGUCCCUGGCAGGGUCUGCAGGAUCCGGAGGCCAAGGCCUCCAGCUCCCCCACCCCCGGGGGCAGAAGGCCCCCCGCCCCCCGACCCCCAGGGGCAGAAGGCCUCCAGCUCCCCGACCCCCGGGGGCAGAAGGCCUCCAGCUCCCCCACCCCCGGGGGCAGAAGGCCCCCCGCCCCCCGACCCCCAGGGGCAGAAGGCCUCCAGCUCCCCCACCCCCGGGGGCAGAAGGCCUCCCGCUCCCCCACCCCCGGGGGCAGAAGGCCCCCCGCCCCCCCGACCCCCGGGGGCAGAAGGCCCCCCGCCCCCCCACCCCCGGGGGCAGAAGGCCUCCAGCUCCCCCACCCCCGGGGGCAGAAGGCCCCCCGCCCCCCCGACCCCCGGGGGCAGAAGGCCCCCCGCCCCCCCACCCCCGGGGGCAGAAGGCCUCCAGCUCCCCCACCCCCGGGGGCAGAAGGCCUCCAGCUCCCCCACCCCCGGGGGCAGAAGGCCUCCAGCUCCCCCACCCCCGGGGGCAGAGGGCCCCCCGCCCCCCGACCCCCGGGGGCAGAAGGCCCUCGCCGCUUUCCUGCGUCGUCACCUCACCUCGUGA